UAUUUAUUUGUGUGAUACAGGAUUAGUUUAGUUUAAUUUGUGUGGUUUUUGUUAGAAAUAGGUUAGUAGUGUAAUAAUCAGGAUCUCUUCUUUAUAAGUGUGUUAUUCUAUAUAUGUAUUUGUGUGAUACAGGAUUAGUUUAGUUUAAUUUGUGUGGUUUUUGUUAGAAAUAGGUUAGUAGUGUAAUAAUCAGGAUCUCUUCUUUAUAAGUGUGUUAUUCUAUAUAUGUAUUUGUGUGGUUUUUGUUAGAAAUAGGUUAGUAGUGUAAUAAUCAGGAUCUCUUCUUUAUUUGUAUUUAGACACUACAAUUUGUUUCUAUCGGUCUUUGCUACUUCUUUUUGAAAUGUAUAGUUUUAAAUGAUAUGGUUAUUUGUUUGUGUUGUUCCAAAUGUCUGAAUAAAAAUGACAGUUGAAAAAAACACAGAAAACAUGAGAAGAACAAAGGAAUGAUCUUUGUCAUCAGGUGGCAAUAACACAACCCUUCUCUCUGACGGACACCGGACAGCCUCAAGCCUUUGUUAAACAGGUGGAACAGGAAGCCAUCAUUGGUGAAAGGUAUGUGCAGGGCUAUAAAAGCUCAAAGUCUUGCAAGGGGACAAUUGAAGUCUGGUGUACAACCAAACGUAUACUGUAGAUCUACAGAGACAUCAUGAGAGUCACUGCAGCCGUCCUAUUGGUCCUCUGUCUCCUGACCAUCAGUCAUGCCUGGGACUGUCAGGAGGUAGAAAACAUCAAGAAUCUGAUGCAGAUCGAUGCAGGACUGGGACAAGUGGUUGCUACGGACACAAGUCAAAUCCCCUACUACCUGGUAGGUGAUGAAUGGAUCCGCCUGCCUGGUUCCCUGAAGCAUAUCACUGUAGGACCAGCAGGGAUCUGGGGUGUCAACAAGGACUAUGCAAUCUACAAGUAUGUGGCCGGUAACUGGGUGCAAGCUUCAGGCCUUCUGAAACAGUUGGAUGCUGGAGGUGAACAGUUUAUUGUGGGGGCCAACAUGGACGAUACUCCAUUCUGUCUGACACGUAGUGCCACAGUUGGUUACAAGGGUCCAGGCUCACCUCUUCCAUGGACAGGAUUGCCAGGAGCUGUGAAGUACUACAGCUGUGGACCCUUUGGGUGCUGGGCAGUCAACAACAAUGACGAUAUCUUCUUAAUGAGUUUGAAUCAAGACUGUCAAAACAACGGGUGGAGUCACAUUGACGGCAAGCUUUCCAUGAUUGAGGUGGCAACUGAUGGUAGUGUCUUUGGGGUCAACUCUGCGGGUAGUGUUUUUACCAGAGACGGCAUCACAGCCAGUAAACCAGAGGGCACUGGAUGGAGCUAUAUCCCAAUGUCCAUGCGCAUGGGCCACGUAACCUAUGACCUGGGCCAUCUUUGGGUCGUCUCCAAGUCUGGCUUCACCAUGGUGUGCACACCUUAGCCUCUCCUCUGCGUCUGAAUGCCGUUCGGGAUCUGUCUAAAGUUCACUUGCUAACUCAUUGAUCUCUCUUUCUGGAACAGCCUUCUGCUUGAGAAUGCCCAACAUUAGUUCAUAAGAAUCCUUCAUUCUAAAACCUACUACUAACUAUAUACUUUUCAGUACUUUAUCUCUGUCAAUAGUAAUCACUGAUCUUAAUGAUCUUGCUUCAGAGGUUAUUCAUAGAGAUGGAUGGAAUCCCUUUCAAUGCUCAUUAUCUCAUUAUAUAAUCAUUUCCCGCAAAAA